AUGGCGCUUCAUUCACGAUGGUCUGAGCCAGUCCAAAAAUGCUCUCUCCAGCAGUGGAUCUUUGGGUCUUGCAAUGGUCCUAUGGAAUACGCCGAUAAGGCCAUUUACUUCGACGCAGACCGCCCAGACACUCACUUCCUUACCAAAUCGCAGUUUAGACAUCUCGCUAAACAAGUCGCUCUCGGUCUUAUCAGAGAAGGUGUACAGCAAGGAAGCCGAGUUCUUGUGUUCUCAGCAAACAAUGUCUACUUCCCCAGCGUGUUUCUCGGUAUUUUGAUGGCUGGUGGUAUCUUCACUGGCGCCAAUCCCUCUUUCACGCCGAGGGAGCUGGCGUAUCAGCUCAAGAACUCGGAGGCUACGCACAUGUUCGUUCAUGCGGGACAGCUGCCUACCGCGCUACAGGCUGCCGAGGAGGUUGGGCUGGCGAAAGAGAAGAUCUUUGUUUUGGAUCCUUCCGUUCUCCCGCCUGUUACAGCAAGCCCAGCUCUUCCAGCUACUCGAGCUGAUGGCCUGCGUCUGUGGACAGAACUGGUUGUGGAUAACUAUGAGCAAGCAAAGACAUGGCAAUGGAUCGAGCCCCAAGAUCCGGAGUCCGCUGGUUGCUGUUUGAACUAUAGCAGCGGUACAACAGGCGUCCCCAAGGGCGUCGAGAUCACUCAUUCCUCAUAUGUCGCAAAUGGCUCUGGUGUUGUCUUAAUGUCCGGCCUGGAGCCCGACCCUGACCACCACAAGAACCAAAAGGGUUUGGCGUUCUUGCCUAUGUACCAUGCCUACGCCCAGACAUACUACAUUUCUAUUUAUCCCAUGAUGGGAAUCCCCGCGUACAUUAUGCCGAUGUUCGACUUCGAGAAGAUGCUCCAGCAUAUCCAAAAGUUCGGCAUCACAAGUCUGCUGUGUGUUCCUCCCAUCCUGGUCUACCUGUCCAAGCAUCCGCUCGUCAAAAAGUACGAUCUUAGCAGCAUCAACCGCGUCAGCUCUGGUGCAGCACCACUUAGCCACGAAGUCAUCCGCGGCGUUGAGAAGCUGUGGCCGUCUGGAGAUGUCACCGUGAAGCAAGGUUGGGGAAUGACUGAGGUGACAUGUACUUGCAUGACGUGGGACCCCCGAUCUGUUACCGACCCUGACAAGGUUGGAGAGCUCGCCCCCAAUUGCUCAGCGAAGAUCAUGGAACUCGAUGGGAAGACACAGAUCACCAAGCCCAAUGAGCGCGGUGAGCUUUGGGUCACAGGUCCAACAUUGAUGAAGGGUUACUGGAAGAACCCCGGCGCUACAAAAGACACCAUCUCCGUUGACGCCGACGGCACGAGGUGGUUGAAGACAGGCGAUAUCGCAUACGUCGAUUCUUUCAAACCAGGCGCAAUUUUCCACAUCGUCGACCGGAUCAAGGAACUCAUCAAGGUCAAGGGCAACCAAGUCGCGCCCGCAGAACUAGAAGCAGUACUCCUAGACCAUCCUGAGGUAGCGGACGCCGCGGUCAUUGGCAUUCCAUACGAAGGAGAUGAAGCUCCCCGUGCUUAUAUCGUGAAGGCUCCUGGCUCUGAGCUUACUGAGAAGAAAGUGGUAGACUGGAUGGAUGCUAGAGUGGCGAGGUACAAGCGUCUCAAGGGCGGUGUUUCAUUUGUUGACAUGAUCCCCAAGAACCCAUCUGGAAAGAUCCUCAGAAGAGCACUGCGAGACAAGGCGAAGGAAGAGAUGGCCGCCAACAAGACACCUUCUGCACGCCUUUAG